AUGGAGGUUCAGGAAACUAAAACGUUAAAACAAUAUAGCAACAAGCAGAAAAUACUUCUGGUUGGAGAAGGAGACUUUUCAUUUUCUUUGUCUCUAGGCAGAGCCUUUGGUUCCGCCUCCAACAUCACUGCGUCUUCCCUUGAUAAUGGAGUUGAUGUUAAUCGCAAGUACAGAUAUGGAAAGCAGAACGUGGAAGAGUUGGAGCGACUUGGAUGCACUGUUAUCCACAGUGUUAAUGUCCACUCCAUGAGCUCAGAUAAUCGCUUAGCUCGAUACAACCGAAUUGUCUUUAAUUUUCCUCAUUCAGGUCUUGUAAGAGGAUUUUUCGAGAGUGCGAGAAAGAUGUUGAAAGAUGAGGAUGGAGAAAUUCAUCUGACUCAUAAGACAACAAACCCAUUUAGUGAGUGGAAAAUAGAGUCUCUUGCUCAAGAAAAAGGUUUGCGUCUAAUCAGGUUGAUGGUAUUCGACCAAAUGGCGUUUCCUGGUUACUCUAACAAGAAAGGAAGUGGAAGUAACUGUGACUCUAACUUUCCGAUCCGGAGUGCAGUUACUUUCAUGUUCAAGAAAUAG